AUGCAGACAGAGUGUGGUCAUCGAUUUUGUAAAUUUUGCAUUGAACGUUGGCUCAGUGAUGGGAAAAAAAAAUGUCCAAUUGACAAUGAAGAUCUAACAGUCGGAAAGAUGUUUCCAGAUAAUUUUGCAAAGCGAGAAAUUCUCUCCAUGAAGGUGCGCUGUCCAAAUAGAAAGAUGGGAUGUAAUACUUGUGUGGAGUUGAAACAUGUUGAGGAACACACAGAAAGUUGUCCAUAUCAUUACCAGCCCUGCCCAAACAAUUGCCAAUCACUAGUGCUACGGAAAGAUCUGGAAGAACAUUUACAGUCAGAAUGUUGUAAACGUAACUUUAUUUGCUCAUUCUGCAAAGAGACAAUGCUGUUUGAAUUGUAUGGGGAUCACGAGAUAAUUUGUCCAGCACGGAUGGUUCCUUGUGAUCUUUGUAAAGAAGACGUCAUGAGAGAGAAGAUUGUUGAGCAUGUGGCAACGACUUGCCCUCAUGCAACUGUCAAGUGUUGCUUCUUCCUUUUGGGAUGUCAUAAAGAAAUUAAACGAGAAAAGAUGGAGAAGCACAUGAAAUCAAAUGUACAGAAACACUUGCAAUUGAUGUGUUGUGCUUUUGGGGAGUGGGAUGACGUUCUUACCUGGCCAUUCCGAGGCAAGAUUGUACUGUCCGUCCUUGACCAGAAUCCUGUAGCUGACCAACGACAGCAUGCUGUUGAAACUUUGGUCUCUAAGCCGAUGUUAGCUGCUUUUCAAAGACCAACAACACAUCGUAACCACAAAGGGUUUGGUUAUAUGGAAUAUGUUCCUUUGGAAGUUUUGGACAAUUCAACUUAUGUUGUAAAUGAUACUCUAAUAUUAAAAGCCCAAGUCUUUCCAGAAGUUUAA